AUGUCGGUGCUUCGCUGCCUCGGCGCCUUGAGGCAGCCGUCUUUUCUUCGCCUUGUGACAAGUAGAGUUUGGAACAGGUUGCCUGUCGUCACCCUGAACCUGCGUCUUUUUGAGGCUCAGCAGGAAGAGAAGUCCAAACCCAUCAGUCGUUACCCUAUUCCCUACAAGAAGGACCUGCCUUUUGACAUUGUAGAGCUCAUGGAGGAGAUAGAAAAGAAGACAGGAUUUUUACCAAAUGUAUUGAAAGUUUUGUCUUACCGGCCAUUGGAAUUCCGAGCCUUCUUUGCUUAUUACAAUGCCAUCUACAACAAAACAACAGGACAGCUCAGCAGAGCAGAUAAGGAACUCAUCAUUGUAGUGACCAGCCUGGUCAACAGGAGCCUAUACCAUGUGGUUGUCCAUAGUGCUUGGUACAGGGUCUACUCAAAGAACCCAGUGCUCUCUGACCAGGUCUGUGUGAAUUGGAGAAAGUCUGACCUUCCUGCUCGGGAAAAAGCAAUGCUGGAGUUUGCACUUGCUGUUUCCCGAGCUGAUGAUAUAACAGAUGACCAUUUCAAAAAGCUUGAGAUAUAUGGCUUCAGUAGAGAAGAUGCCUGGGACAUAGCUGCCAUUUCAUCUUUUUACGCCAUGGCCAAUCGCCUUGCUCAUUUUAUCAAACUCGUUCCCAACAAAGAAUUCUACUUUAUGGGCAGAACUAGUGAUCAUCGAGAGUGA